UUGUCAAUUUUAGACCUACUGUGCCAGUGUGUUAGUAUUGUAUUAUUUGUCGUCUAUUAAGUUCACAUUAUUAUUUUAUUAGGUCUUCGGACCAAAAUUCACCAUGAACUAUUUAAAGACAGAAAUGUCUUACCUUGUUUGGUUCAUUUUUUGUAUUGUGAGUGUAAUUUCUGAAGGAGACGACUGUAACUUCGGCACGUGCGGUGAAUGCAUUAGUUUUGCGAACGAGAAUGAUGGCUGCGUUUGGUGUAAUCAGUAUCCGUUCGAAGAUCGCCGAUGUCGCUCCUCAAGCUACAUCAAAUCAAAUCCAUCAUGGUGCAAAGACCAGUUGUAUAGUCCAAAACCAUGGAAGAACACAACACAGAACGACUAUUUCGGAGAAGUGAGAAAUGGCUCUACUGUCCAGUUUAGGCCCCAAGAAAUCAAAAUGAAAGUGCGUCCCGGAGUUACGAUGCAAUUCGAUAUGACUUUCAAACCAGCUAAGGACUAUCCUCUAGAUGUCUACUACCUUAUGGAUACAUCUGAUACUAUGAAGGAAAGAAUAAAGGAACUGAAGGAUCAGGCACUUUUGAUUCAUACAGAACUAUCGCGAUAUACUAACAACGUUAAGCUAGGCAUCGGUAGCUUUGUCGAGAAGCCUGCUUUUCCGUAUUACGACCCCAACAAGCACAACAGUCAUGCCUUCAGAAAUCUUGUAUCACUAACGGAAAAUAUGACAAUCUUCACGUCAAAAGUAAAUGAAAUAAAAACUGGUUCCAAUUUUGAUGACCCAGAAGCUAGUUUGGAUGGCCUGAUGCAAGCCAUGAAAUGUGAGAAAGAAAUAGGAUGGAGGAAGGGUGCCAGGCGUAUCAUAAUAUUAUGUACUGAUUCCACCUACCACAGUGCGGGAGAUGGCAAAAUUGUUGGCGCCAUCAAACCUAACGAUAUGCAAUGCCAUUUGGAAGAUAACGAAUAUAGCAAAGCGUUGGAAUUCGACUACCCAUCCGUUAGCCAGAUCAAUAAAGUAGCAAGAGAUGAAAAUUUUAGAUUGAUAUUUGCUAUAACAAACAACAACAAAACUUUUAAAUUAUCGGAAACUGCGUACAAGGCUUUGGCUAAAGAGAUUUAUGGAGCUAGAUUUGCUGAAUUGAAGGCCACUAAUGUUUUAAAAAUUAUCAAAGAAGCUUACGAGGAGCUUGCAAACAGCAUUCUAAUGAAAUUCGAAGCGCCGUCCAAUAUAGAGGUUAAAAUAGACCAGGAUUGCGCUUCAAAGCCAACGAGAUUCUGUGAAGUAGGACAUAAAGAAAGUCUUACUAUUAAUGGGACCGUGAAAGUUAAAUCAUGUCCAGACGACCCCAACCAAAAGCAGCAAGUGGUAAUUAAUCCUUACGGGCUGCCUGAUCGCCUAACAAUUAAUUUGGAUGUGGACUGCCAAUGUGAUUGCGAAAGGAUUAAAACUGGUACAAAAGCUAGCGAAUGUAACAAUGCGGGUUUCAUACAAUGUGGUAUUUGCAAAUGUUUUCCGGGAAGCCACGGUGCAAAUUGUCGAUGCAACGGUACAUCCACAGAUCAGACGGACAAGGAGAAAUGUAAAUUGAACAAAAGUGAUGCUAAACCCUGCAGCGGCAGAGGACAUUGCAGCUGCGGUAUUUGCACAAAUUGUCAGACAGGAUACUCUGGCGACUUUUGUGAAUUUGACGAUACUUCAUGCCCAAGGCAGUGCUCCGGCAAUGGACGCUGCACUCGGGGACGAUGCCAUUGUAACUCCUACUGGUCAGGGAUAGACUGCAGCUGCUACGAGAAAACAGAUGUCUGUAUUGCGCCCUAUUCCAAAGAGAUUUGUUCCGGUAGAGGCGAAUGUAAAUGUGGAGCCUGUAUUUGUAAAGAAGUGGAGGGAAAGAAUGAAACGUAUUCUGGAGCAUUCUGUGACAGCUGUGAAGCCUGUGCUGAAGGAAGAUGCAAAGAGCUUGAAGACUAUGCUUAUUGCAACUUCAUGCACAUGAAUGACAAGGCAUAUUGUGACAAAAAAAAUAAUGAUACAAGCCAUAUAAGUGUUGCCUUUAUGAGCAAAGCUGAUAUAAGUGGACCCAAAAUGUCAAUUGCCAAGUGGUGUAGGAAAGAACUAGACAGUAAUAAUGGCAGUUACAUGGUAUUUAGGUACGAAUACGAUAAUCAUGAUUUAAAGAUUACGAUUCAAAAGGAAACAGAAAUCCCACCUGAAGCAGAUAUCUGGGUUGCUGUUGGAUCAGCGAUAGGAUUGGUUCUCUUGAUUGGUAUACUAACAGUAAUUAUCUGGAAGAUUCUGGUAGAUUUACAUGACAAAAGAGAAUUCAAGAAAUUCGAGGAUGAAGCGCUAGCCGCUGGGUAUGAUGUUUCACAAAAUCCUUUAUACCAAGACCCGUCAAUUAAUUUCUCAAAUCCUGUGUAUAAUAAUCAAUGUAAUUAAAGUUGCUAACGAGGACAAGUUAUGUUAAAAUCAUUAUUAUUUAUAGUAUUUAAGGAAAAUAAACAGGACGAACCAAUCCUGCCCACUAAAUAUAAUAAUGCCUCAUUGGACACAAAACGAUGUAUUUUUUUAAAACUUCUGUAAAACGUUCGAGGCUUGGAGAAAAUGUAAUAGAAUAAAAUAACAUUUAAUUUA